GGCCGGACAGCAUGCACACCCAGCGUUUCCCCCGCUCAGGCUAGAGACUCGGUCACGGCCCACCAUUUUGCACUGGCUCCUGGGGCGGCGGCAGUCCUGAAAAAAACCACGCUGGGGCUGGGACUCCGCCACUUUCGGCCAAGAACCCCAAGGCCAGUCCGAAGGUGGACGUCACCCAGGACUCGAACCUGCCUUCUCAUCUUUGGAGGCCUAGUCCGAGAUUGCGGUCACACUGUCCCUUUAAGGCGGCACUUUUUAUUCUUCAUUUGUUUACCUCUUCAUGCGCUUUUUUAAAAAACACAAAUUGUGUUCACAAUAUCCUUCCGCAAAUGUCAAUCCCAGUCACUAGCUACACACUCUGAAGCCAUUCUUGUAAUCUUAGGAAUCUAAGACUUAUUAGCCUUGGGCCAAUAUCUCUCUUUAUAGAAUUUAACCCUCUUUUGCACUUUAGGGACUAUUUUUUAGGAGUAAACCAUUCCUGCUUUAGUUAACACAUGUUUAUGACCUUCAGAACCUUUCCGCUGAGGACAGAAUACGAAAAAAGCCUUUAAGACGCACCUUUUCAUAAAAAUAUUCUGUGUGGGCCCUCAUAGCCAUGGAAUCUUCUCGUAUUCCCGAAGCAGAAUGGUAUGGUCCAGAACCCGCCCCAUCUUCUCUGCGAUUGGCCUUCCUUCCUCAGCGAGACGUGGGCCUCUUGGCCAAUGGUGACCCACGUUUCUCUAGCGAGCGAUAAGCGAUGGAAGGAGACGGCCUGGAAGACGCCCCCUACGCGUCCUGGGAUUGGCUACGUCGCACGGCGCGCGAGGAUGGCGGGCCUGAAAGAUGGGAACUACGACUCCCAGCUUCCAGGGAUGGGGACUCCGUUACGCAUGCGCAUAGGCGGGGCAGCCCGGCUUCUAUAUAAAAGGGGCGCAGCGGGCUGGGAGGCAGCAGUUGGAAGUUGGCAGGUGGAGAGGCAGGUUGGGAGGGGAAGUCGGGGGAGGAGGCGGAAGAGGAGCUGUCGGAAGGGGGAGGAGGGCGGGAGGAAAAAGAGGAGGAGGCGGAGGAGAACUGAGCUGAGCAGAGCAUCGAGCCAAAGGGGAGAUGAGUUUGUCUGUCCUCGGUUGAGGCUCCGGCCGGGCCUAGGGAACUGGGAGCCCGGGUUGGAGCGACACCCGUGGAAGUGGGAGGAGGUGGCUCUGGGACUUUAACCCCUUGUGGGCUCUGCGGCAGGGGAUUUAACCCUUUGUGGAUCCAGCCCCUCGGAGUCAGCGUCAUCGGGUAGUUUUAACCCUUUCGGGGCUGGGUUUAACCCGUUGGAUUUAACAUCUCGUUGCCCACCAACUCCUCGAUAGCGGGGCGCGCUGCGGGGAGGCUUGAGGCCCACCCCCUCUGCACAUUACGUACUGUUUUGCUGCUGCACCCCCUUGGACGCGCUAGCUGGCCGCGCUGUGAGCGCUUAACCCUUUACUGACUUGAACUCCCCAAGUUGCAGUUGGAGUUUGCUGACAGAAGGACUGGCUAAAGGCAUCACUGCAGGAAUUACAGACCGAAGAGGACUGUGUUGGACAUUUUUGAAAAGAAAAGAAAAACCUUUUUUUUCUUUAAGGACUUAACAGCCAAAAUUCUUCAAACUUCGAGAAGAGGAUUCUAUUAGCCAUGGAUGAGCCACUCUUGUCAGAGUAUCAGCACCAGCCUCAAACUAGCAACUGUACAGGUGCCGCUGCUGUACAUGAAGAGCGGAACCCCGAUCGCCCCCCAGGCGCGGAGGAGCGAGUGCCCGAGGAGGACAGUAGGUGGCAAUCGAGAGCGUCCCCCCAGUCGGGUGGCCGUCCGGGACAGGAGGGGGAAGGGAGCCAGGAGCCUCAGCUGCCUCCCUUGCAAACCCAGGUCAGCCCAGAAUCCAGCUGCCCUGAAGCGGGUGAGAAGGGCCAGAAUGGGGACGACUUGUCCGCUGGCGGAGCUCCCCCGCCGGCGGCGGGAGGGGAACAGAGGCCCGAAGCCAACAAGUUGGGGGCUUCUGCUGCAGGGGGCGAGGAGGCGUGGGGACAGCAGCAGAGACAAUUGGGCAAGAAAAAACAUAGGAGACGCCCCUCCAAGAAGAAGCGACUUUGGAAACCGUACUACACGCUAACCUGGGAAGAGAAGAAAAAGUUCGACGAGAAAGAGAGCCUUCGAGCUUCCAGGAUUCGAGCCGAGAUGUUCGCCAAGGGCCAGCCGGUCGCUCCCUAUAACACCACGCAGUUCCUCAUGGAUGAUCACGACCAAGAGGAGCCGGAUCUUAAAACCGGCCUCUAUCCCAAACGGGCUGCUGCCAAAUCCGACGACACCAGCGAUGAGGACUUUAUGGAAGAAGCAGGCGAGGAGGAUGGGGGCAGCGACGGAAUGGGAGGAGACGGCAGCGAGUUUCUGCAGCGGGACUUCUCGGAGACCUACGAGCGGUACCACGCGGAGAGCCUGCAGAACAUGAGCAAGCAGGAGCUCAUCAGAGAGUACUUGGAGCUGGAGAAGUGCCUCUCGCGCAUGGAGGACGAGAACAACCGGCUGCGGCUGGAAAGCAAGCGGCUGGGCGGCGGCGACGACGCGCGUGUGCGGGAGCUGGAGCUGGAGCUGGACCGCCUGCGCGCCGAGAACCUCCAGCUGCUGACGGAGAACGAACUGCACAGGCAGCAGGAGCGAGCACCGCUGUCCAAGUUUGGAGACUAGGCUGAAACUUUUGGGGGGAGGGGGCAACGGGGACUUUUUACAGUGAUGGAAUGUAACAUUAUAUACAUGUGUAUAUAAGACAGUGGACCUUUUUAUGACACAUAAUCAGAAAAGAAAUCCCCCCUGGCUUUGGUUGGUUUGGUAAAUUUAGCUAUGAUGUAGCUUGUGUGCUUUAUCCUCUUCUUUAAUUAUGUGAAACUGAAGGGUUGCUUUUCUUGUUUUCCUUUUUAGAAGUUUUUUCCUUUUUUAAUGUGUAAGUAAUUUGACCAAGUUAUGCAUUUUUCUGUUAAAACCCCCUCCUUAAAUGGAGCUAUAAGGUGGCCAAAUCUGAGAACCAUUAAAUCCACUCUAGUUAUAAUAAAUUUAAUAUUUGUAAAUGUAA